CUCCUCCUUUGGGACUGUUUCUAAAUCGGGCUCGUUUGCGGUCGAUCGUACGCAGAGUUGAACAAAUCGUUAUUAUCAAAUUACUCCGAUUUCGCCAUUCGAACCACAAAAAAAGCCUCCGAGGACCGACAGUGACUUUUCAUGUGGGAGACAGACGAAGCUCGAGAGGGAGCGGCGUGCAAUGCAGAGCUGCAGCCUCCCUUCCCCCAAAAAGGUUUCCGAGGGGGAAGACGAGGAGUGCGGCUCCAGUGCGGGAGGAGCGGGGUGUUGGGAAGAUGUUGCACACCGUUGACUGGAACGUUUGAAGGGGCGAUCGACCGCUUUGCCUUCCCCCCCCCCACCCCCUUUUUUUUUUUUUUCCUAUUUUUUUUUUUUCCCUGCCCCCUCCCCCACCUCUCCGGAGGGGCAGCGAUGUGUGAUCACGGAGUGGAAACAAAUAUGUCCUUACUUUCAAUGCCCCCUUUGAAAGAGACAAAGUAAACGCUCCUUGCAAAAUGUUCCUGACCUGCGAAGGGACCUUCGGGAUUGUUCCAGCCACCAUGGAUUACAAUGGGGACGCCGGGCCGGGGCAUUUCCACGCCGGCUAUCAAGAAAUCGAAGGGAUAAACUUGGGAUACUUACAGAUCAAUGGCACCCAGAUGUUUGCUCUGGCCCAGGUCCUCAGCGACCUGUUCAAGGAUAUCCCCAGGACCACCAUCAGCAAGAAGAUGGAAACCUUAAAGAUCAAGAGCCGCCGCUGCGAUCUCCAGGAGCUCCGCACCCUCAAAGCCAUCAACUCGGUGCCCACCCGCGCCGUGAAGUGCUCGCUCAUCUCCAAGGCGGACCUGGAGGCUCUCUGCACCUCCUGCAAGAGCCUCAGCCCCCGGCGGAGGAAGAGGAAAAGGAAGAGCAAGAGGAGGGAGCAGCUGCUGCUGCCGGACCCCGGGGAGCUCUUCUCCUGCCCCCGGCCCCAACUGCUGCCGCCCUACAGAGCCGGCGGCUGCUGCUCGGCCCCGACCCCCGCCCGCCCCAAGCUGCCCCCCGGCCUCAAGCCGCGCCCGCCGCCCGCGGCUCUCCUCCCGCAGCCCUUCCCCCGGGGCUGCCCCGGCCUCGAGAGGGCCCCGCGGGGCCGCAGGGGCUGCGCGCUGCCCGAGAGCGGGGGGCUGCUGGCCGGGGCGCUGGGCGCGUACCCCCGGGACCUGGCGCUGCUGCACCCCGCAGCCCCCGCCCCCCACCCCGGCCUCGGCCCCCGCUGCGCCAAAGGGCUCUUCCCGGCCGAGAAGGGCCCCUCGGGGGGGAGGAAAAGCCGCUCGUCCGCCUUCCCCGGCUGCAAGCGGCAGGGCACCUCGGCCGGGUAUUCCAGCGACUCGGACUCCAGCCUGGACUUCGGGGGGUCCAGCGCCGCCACGUCCAGCGAUUCGUCUGAGGAGGAGGAGGAGGAGGAGGAGGAGGAAGGGGACACGUCGUGCAGCAGCGAGGAGGGCAGCUCCUCGGAGUCGGAGAGCAGCUCGCUGUGCAGCGGGGACUCGGUGCAGAGCACCCGGUACAGGCAGGCGGCUCUGCCCCGCUUCCAACCGCAGCCCCCCCGGGAGCCCCUCGGCGACGAGCGGCCCUCGGAGCCCCCCCCGGGUGCGGGCAAAGCGCUGCGGGCAGAGCCCGACCUCCUCUUCCUCUCGCAGCAGCUCUGGGCCAGGACUUUGCGAGCGUCAACUUCGGAAAGUUUGAACCCGGCUCCGACCCUGGGCUCGGGGGCACAGCCGGAGCCGUAUGCGAAGCAGGAGGCCUCCCCUUCCUCCUCCUCCUCCUCUUCCUCCUCCUCCUCCUCCUCCUCUCCCCCCCCCUCCCCGAGCAGCACCCCUGGGGGGGACCCGCCACAAAAGGAGGGCGGCUUUGGGGGCGCGGAGCCCUGCGCCAAAGGGAAGGAUUUGCACAAAGAUGCCUCGAACAAUAGAGCCUCGUUAGGCCCCGGAGACCGAGCGGAGAGGCAGAGCGGAGCCGCAGCCGGGCCGGCGGCUUCCCAACGGCCGCCCCCGGAGCCCCCGGCCCCAUCCCCGGCGCUGGCGGGGGGCCUCGGCCCGGACCCCCCCGGGGAAGCGGCGGAGCCCCGGCGGGAGCACUUCGACCGCCUGAUCCGGCAGUCCAAGCUGUGGUGCUACGCCAAAGGGUUCAACGUGGACGGGAAAAGUUUGCGGCACGGAGGGAGGACGGAGCCCUGCAAAGCUGCAGAGCUCAAAUCCCCCGGCUCCAAAAGAGCAGAGAGCCCCGGCACCUUGUCAAACAAAGCUUUGAGAGGCAAUGGCUCGGAAAGGAAUGCCAAGCGCAGACGCCUUGCCAGAGGCGCUGAGGCAGAAAGGCAACAGAGCUCCUCCAAAGGGAGGCCACAAAAGACUCAAAGGAGGAAUGCCAAAAAGGGAAACACUCAUUGCAAACGCCUCGGCAGCGCCGGGCCAACCCCGCCUCGGAAUUCCUUCAGCCUCAUGGGCAACUUCCCGUGUAUUCCCUCCCUGGUCGUGGGGGAAGACGGGGAUCUGUGCCCUGCCUCCUCCCUGGGGGGCAAAAACUCCUGGGCCCUCUCCAAAACCCACCCGCUGUGGAGAUGGCACCUGGGGGGAAACGCCAUCCCGGUGCCCCCCAGCCUCAAAUUCCGGGGCUAUAGCUUGGAGGAUCUCUAAGGACAGCGGACGGCCCCGCACGAAAGAGAGAACGAAUGAUGUCACGCAGCAGAAACGCGAGUUUCGGCCCCGCUCCGUCCCGACGAAACCGACGGCGGCGAUCCCAAAUCGCUGCGUUAAUCGCGAUCCCAAACCGCUGCGUUAAUGUUUUCUGCCUGCUUAAGGGAUGGGAAGAAAACACCGACUUUAAAAAAGAGCAGGAAAUGCUGUUUGCUGAAGGAAAACAGGAGGCUUUGAGGGGAAGUUAUUUGAGACUGCUGUGUGUGCAUUAAAAGGAAGGAAAGGAAAGGAAAAGCCGUGGGUUGUUUGCUGGAUAACAACCCGCUCCGACAGCCCGAAGGUAGCAGGCCUGUAAAAGCUUUACGGGCACGAGAAAUCGGAUCCAGGAGCAUUAGCAAUAGCGCACAGAUGGACAAUUUGAUCCUUCCCGAGCUCCGGGGUGGAAUGCGGGGAAGAAUGCGGAGGGAAUGCGUCGCUCCGUGCAGAGGAAAUCAAACCCCGCUUUAACUUUCCUCGCAAAGCAGAGUCUUUGUGACGGCCCUUUGGACCGCUGCUCCGUGAAGCCCUCUCGUUUGGGGAACGCUGAGCGAAGCCGAGAGAUGCGGCUUUACGGGGCGGGGGGGGGGGUGGGGAGGGGGGGGGUCCCCUUCUUUUCCAUGCGCAGCUCCGGGUCGGGGUGGGAGCCGUCCCGCGACCCCCGGCUGGGAGCCCAUCUCAAAGCCGUGCCUGGGGAAGGGGAAUGGGAACGGGAGAGGGAGAGGAAGGGAGAACUGCACAGAGCCCACCCGGAGCCGGCACGGCACGGCACGGCCCGCUUCUUUCUUUCUUUCUUUCCUUUUUUCCUCUUUUUUUUUUUUUUUUUUUUUUGGAGGGGGGGCGGUUGGGACUUGAAUUCCAUCAGCGAGUUAAAAAAAGAAAAGGAAAGGAAGCAAGGAAGGAAGAAAGCAAGAAAGAAAGCAAGCAAGAAAGCAAGCAAGAAAGAAAAAGGCAUUUUGAACGUCAAACGUAUUUCGCCUCCCUCAAGCGCUGUUUAUAUUGGAGACGGCGAAUUGUUGCUAAAAGCGGUGUUUGUUUUACUUGGGUUUGGAGCGGGUUUGUUGGUUUGUUUACACCCCCCCCCCCCUCCUUCCCCCAUCGUUUCUCUCUCGCAGAGCAGAAGGGGAUUUCUCUCGGAUCGCGAUUCCCUCCGCCUCGGUCGGCUCCGCGCUCCGACGCGGCCGGGCUGCUCGCAUCUCCCUCCCGUUUCGGAUUAAAACCGCGAUUUUUUCGGAAAGGAAAACAAUUAAUAGCAAUUAAUAAAAAGCGGCCGAGUUGAGAAUGGAGGUUGGGAGCGGAAGGACAAAGGAGCCGGGUGAAAAAAAAAAAACAAAUGGGAAAAAAAGCAGCAACAGCAGCAGCGAACAGAGCGCGCCGCUCCGCGUGCCGCGGGGGGGUGGGUGGGGGGCACUAAAUAACUCAGGAACGUUUUCUCUCCGGGAUGUGAUCACCUCACAUCGGGUGCACACGUCGGGGUGUGUGUGUGUGUGUCGGUGCACGGGGCUGUGCACGGCGCAGGUGGGUGGCAGCAGGGCUGGGAAUUCAGUGCGAAGAUACCUCAGAACUUUCCAUGCUUCGAGCCGCAGAAAUACCCCCUUUUACGGCGCAAAAAAAAAAAAGAAUGGCAACGAUAGGAACCAACCCCUCCAUUUGUUUAUUAAAACGCUGCCAAGAAAUCGGGUGAUGGCAGAAAAAAAUAACCCCCACCCUCAGUCCCCUGAUAGGAGAUGGGAGAAGGGAACCCAAAGCGUUCUCCAAAAUGGCCUUUUUUCGGAGCUCAGACCCCAUAGAGGUGCAUUGGGAGCACAGAGCAGGGAGGAGGGGACGCUCCGGGUGCAACCAACCCCCCCUCUGGUUGGGAGCAGAGGUCUCACACGCAUGGCCAGGAUGGCACGAUGGAUAGGAGGGCACCUUCCCGGCGGUACCACCAUCGCCUGAGUUCCAAACGGGUGCAGAAGAAGCAAAACCGAUUUACGUUUUGGUCGUCGUCGUUCCAUUUCCACGUUUUCAUCCGGGGAGGAGAAAAACGCAGAGCUCUCCUUGGGGGAAAAAAAACAAAAAAUAAAGGAAGAAAACUUUAAGGAAAGGGCGUUGCUGCUUCCAAAAACGCAGCGAGGUUUAAGACUCAGGAAAAUCUCAGCUUGGAUCCGAUGCGGUGCUGCGUAAUCGCACUUCGGGAGGGGUUUUUUUGUCGGGCCGGGGCUUUCAGGGACCUUUGCUCUUCACUGCGCGUCGCUGGGUGGAAAAUCCCCACCGUUCUGUCCCCAUCAAUGGGCUGCAAAAUGCCACGUUUUGGUGCAGGGAGUGCCUGCGGGGGGUGGGUACAGCUGGGGGGGGGAACGACGACGACGACGACGACGACGGAGCCUUUGCCAGCCGCGCAUCGUUUGUUCUCUUUCGAUUGACUGUCCCUUUAUUUAUUUGAAGCUGUUGUUAAGUGUAUGACGAUGAAAGUGUUAAUUCCUGCGUGCAAUAUGGAAUCUAGGCUGAGAAAUAAAUACCUUUGGUUUUUUUG